AUGGAUCCACCGAGCUCUUGGGACUCCUUGAGGAAACAGGCAAGGAAGGUUGAAGCAAUGCUGGAUGAGCAGAUGCAUUUAUAUCGUAAACAAGUUGCGACCAAAGUUGAUGGUAGCAAGGAUAAUGAUCUUGAAUCUGGAAUAGAUCAAUUACUUAAACAGCUUCAGCAAGUAAAUUCUCAAAUGCAAGCUUGGGUAUCAUCUGGAGGUUCAGAAAUAUUUUCUCAUACAUUGACUCGCCAUCAGGAAAUUCUACAAGAUAUUUCUCAAGUAAUAUUUCUUUUAGCUGUUCAUGUUUUUGUUCAUCGAGAACUUCAUUGCAACAAAAAUUUGUAG